AAAUAAUUAUAAUUGUGUUAAAGAGUUUCUUCGUAAAAUACACACUUAUUCGGAACAAGACAACCGCGCACUCGAAAAUUUAUCUUUAUCUGCAGAACACCUUCCUUUCCAAAAGCUAGACCGAAUCAUCAAUGGCGGAGGAAACAAAGAGGUAUGCUGUUGUUACAGGAGCAAAUAAAGGUAUUGGUUUUGAAAUAGUUAGACAGUUGGCUUCAAAAGGGAUCGUAGUGGUGCUGACAGCAAGAGAUGAGAAGAAAGGUCUUGAAGCUGUUGAGAAACUGAAAGACUAUGGUCUCUCUGAUCAAGUGGUAUUUCAUCAGCUCGAUGUUUCUGACCCCGCUAGCAUUGCUUCUUUGGCAGAUUUCAUCAAAGCAAAGUUUGGGAAACUUGAUAUCUUGGUGAACAAUGCAGGGAUAAACGGAGUGAAAGUAGAUGCUGAUGUGGCAGGAGCCGAAAUUGAUUGGGCUAACCUUCCCCAAACUUAUGAGUUAGCAGAGGCAUGCUUGCAGACAAACUACUAUGGUACUAGAGGAAUGGCUGAAACACUCAUUCAUCUCCUCCAAUUGUCUAAUUCACCAAGGAUUGUUAACGUUUCAUCCGCCCUCGGGAUUAUAAAGAACAUUCCAAACGAAAGGGCUCAAGGAGUUUUAGGUGAUGUUGAAAACCUUACAGAAGAGAAACUGGAUGAGAUACUGAAGGAGUUUUUAAAAGAUUUUAAAGAAGGUUCAGUGGAAGCCAAGGGCUGGCCAACUUUUCUAUCUGCCUAUACAAUCUCAAAAGUAGCAGUGAAUGCCUACACAAGAAUUUUGGCCAAGAAAUACCCAAGCUUCUGCAUCAACUGUGUAUGCCCUGGCUAUGUCAAAACGGAUAUAAAUGGAAACACUGGCAUCUUGCCUGUUGAAGAAGGUGCUGCAAAACCUGUCAGAUUAGCCCUGCUCCCGGAUGGCAGUCCUUCUGGCAUGUUUUUUGUUCGGCAGGAAGUGUCUUCUUUCACAGAACCAACACCACUGAGGUAUGCAGUUGUAACAGGUGCAAACAAGGGGAUUGGGUUGGGAAUAUGCAGGGAGUUGGCCUCAAAAGGAGUGGUGGUAGUGCUAACUGCUAGAGAUGAGAAGAAGGGUCUUGAAGCUGUUGAACAGCUUAUCAAAGAGUCUGCUUCACUCUCUGGUCAUUUGGUAUUUCAUCAGCUUGAUGUGGAUGACCCUCUUAGUAUGACUUCUCUCGCAGAUUUCAUUCAAACCAAGUUCGGGAAACUUGAUAAUUUGGUCAACAACGCAGGGAUUGUUGGAGCUAUAAUAGAUGGUGAUGCAUUAGCAUCAUCAGGAAUUGGUAAGGAAGAUGUCAAGGUCAAUUGGAGUACUGAAAUAGCGUCUCAAACUAAUGAGUUAGCCGAAGAGUGCUUGAAAACAAACUACUAUGGUGCCAAAAGAAUGAUUGAAGCACUUCUUCCCCUUCUUCAGCUAUCCAAUUCACCAAGGAUCGUUAAUGUUUCCUCUUCGAUUGGGCAAUUAAAGCACAUACCAAAUGAACGGGCUAAAGGAGUGUUUGGUGAGAUCGAAAGUCUCACUGAAGAAAGAUUGGAUGAGUUGUUGAGUGAAUUUCUGAAGGAUUUUCAAGAGGGAGCCUUGGAAAACAAAGGCUGGCCAGUUGAUUUGUCUAGCUACACAGUUUCAAAAGCUGCUUUGAAUGCAUACACAAGAAUUGUGGCCAAGAAGUAUCCAUCUUUCCGGGUCAAUUGCGUCCGCCCUGGCUAUGUGAAGACAGAUAUAAACCACAACGUCGGCUACCUAACGAUUGAAGAAGGUGCUAAAGGUCCAGUAAGGUUAGCGUUGCUGCCUGAAAACGAUCCUACUGGCAUGUUCUUUUUUCGUAAUGAUGUGACAACUUUUGAUUAAAAAAACUAUCCAAUUCUACAACCUCAUCAGAAAUUAUGCAGGUUGGUUG